AUGGGACACGAAGUGAAACGAGGAAGAAUAUGUAGACAUAAGAACCAAUUAACGGAGAAAAUGGCUAACGGAGCUACGUUAGUUUUCGUAAUUACCAUCGUGCUACACGUGGUAGUGGCUAAGUACGUAAUUAACACCAAAAGUGAUAACAUAUCGUACAAUGAAAGUGUGGAUUAUGCCAAUGCCAUUAAUAUUACCAAUAUAAUCAUAGACGAAAAAAAUUAUACUGAAGUGACUAGUGCAACGACUGUUAUAGAUAUUAAUGUAAAUGAUGAUGUAAAUAUCAGUGACAUUCAUUUUAAUAAUAAAAAAUGUGAACUAUUAAAUGCGACAGCCGAUGUACCAACAUAUGAAACAAAGCAACUUGAAUCAACGUAUCUAAAUAACAUGUUUACCGGUGAAACAAUGAAACUGAUACACGACAACGUUUCGAUUGAUAAUUUAGAAGCAGAUGGUGUAAACCUGUACAAUCUCGUCAAGAGCAAUUGCGGUAGUGCGAAAAUUUGUCACAACGUCAGGGGAAAUAGGAACGACACAAAUACAAUCACUAUUGGAUUUCUGAGUGCUUACGGAUGGAGUCAGACGGUACUCGGUGCGCUACCGCUAGCAGUAGCUGCUGUAAACCUGGAACCAACACUACUAGCCGGUCUUAAGCUGCAGUUUGUAACUGCCGACAUCGGUAGACCAAGACCAUCGCUAUCAGUGGACAAGGACACCCUUUCUUUAAGGGUUAUGACACAAAUGAGAGAUCUGGGCGUGGUGGCGUUCUUUGGACCUGAAAGUACUUGUCACACAGAAGCCAAACUAGCCGCUGCAUGGAACUUACCCCUCAUCUCACAUAAAUGCGCGGAAGCUCAACGUCCAGAGGUAGGAGGUCUGGGAGCGACAUUUGCACGAACAUUGCCACCAGCUCAUAAAGUCAGCAAGUCUGUCGUUGCUCUGCUGAAAGCUUACGGUUGGACCAAGUUCGCUAUUAUCGCCGGAGAUGAACAGACUGCAGCGGAACAGCAGAUGCACGCGAUCAAGGAACUGUCAGAAAGCAACGGAUUGACAAUUACAGUGGAGCAGCGUUUCGCAGAUUACAUUCCUCGCCACAUAUCUCGUAUGGAGCGUAUCGUCGACCAGACCUAUGACAAAACUAGAGUAUACGUGUUCCUUGGCGAACACAUUGCGUUGGUGGACUUCGUGAACGUCCUGCAGCGGCGAGGACUGCUAGCUGGCGGCGAUUACGCAGUGAUCGCAGUAGACGAUGAAAUCUAUGACCCAAAUGAUGCUGUCAUUACAUAUGCUGAUCAUCUAAUAAGAAACAGUAGCAAUGACGUGUCGGGGUUUCGUGCUGUCUUGAAGCUAACGCCUUCCCAUCCGGCGAACCCUUACUAUCCGGACCUCUGUCGAAUGAUCAGGAAGCUGUCAGCGGCGCCGCCAUUUUGCGUGCCCAACUAUCACAAAAUUUUCGACGAUACUUCGGUACCGAUAGAAGCAGCACAUCUCUACGACGCUGUGAUCCUAUGGGCGCGUGCGGCGUCUGCAGCUAUGCGUAACGGCCUCCCGCCGACAGAUGGCGCUACUCUAAUGAAGUUGCUGAGACCUACAACGUAUAGAUCGAUUCAGGGAUUUGACGUGUAUAUGGAUAGUGCUGGAGAUGCUGAGGGCAAUUUCUCAGUAAUAGGAGUAGUGCAAGAUCCUAACGCUCCAAGUGGUUGGAGCGCUCAACCAGUUGCUGCUUUUCACUACGCGAACUCCACUGACUUAUUACCUGAACUGGUGGGUGGUUCAAAGAUAGCUUGGAUAGGAGGGAAGCCACCUGUUGCAGAACCGACUUGUGGAUUUGAUGGAAGGAAGUGUUCGCUGCCCCACGACCCCGUAGUACUGUCAGCGGCGAUCGCUGUCGCCGCUGCCGCAAUCCUUGCUGCUACACUCUUAGUCCGCCAUUACAGAUACGAACAGAAGCUAGCAUCUGUAAUCUGGAGGAUAGAGGCUAAAGAUUUGACAUUUAUAACGACUUUUAAUAAGAACUCGGUACCGCAGGAGGUUGACACAAAGCGAGCUCAUACAACUAUAGCAACUUACCGCGGUAAUAUCGUUGCCGUGAAAAGGCUUAAAAAGAAAAAUAUCGACGUGACACGAGCGGUCAAGAAAGAGUUAAAACAGAUGAGAGAACUGCGUCACGAAAAUCUGACGCCGUUUGUUGGAGUCUGUAUCGAGACAGGCGUAGCUUGUAUCGUCACAGCCUACUGCUCACGCGGUUCUUUGGCCACGGUACUGGCUGACAGAGACCUGCACUUGGAUGAUAUGUUCGUGGCAAGCCUGGUCGCAGAUCUUCUCCGGGGUCUGACGUACCUCCACGACUCGGCUCUAGUCUCACACGGGAACUUGACUUCCAAUAACUGCGUGGUGGACCGACGCUGGGUACUCCAGAUCACGGAUUAUGGACUGCAUACUUUAAAAAGUGGUUGUGCAGACACAGAAGACGCUCUACGCAUGGAGAAACGGAUGCUCUGGUGUGCACCAGAACUCCUGCGAGACCCCAACCCACCCCCGCGAGGAUCGCAAAAAGGAGACGUGUACUCCUUUGGCAUCAUCCUUUACGAAAUUUUGGGGAGGAACGGACCGUGGGGCGACACUGACUUGACCAACGCUGAAAUAAUAGGUAGAGUUCGUCAACCAAUUGGCGGAGUUCUGUUCCGUCCCCCUCUCGGCGGAUUGGCAGCGCGACCAUCUGUACUCGCGGUCUUAAAGUCCUGUUGGAGUGAGCGACCAGACAGGCGACCAGAUGUGCGGCUAGUCAGACUUCGCCUUAAGGAUAUGCAUGCUGGCAUGAAGACAAAUAUCUUCGACAAUAUGCUGUCAAUGAUGGAAAAGUACGCAUCGAACUUGGAAGGCCUGGUGACGGCGAAGACAGAACAACUCUUGCAAGAAAAGAAAAGAACCGACGAUCUUCUAAGUAGGAUGUUGCCUAAAUCUGUGGCUGAAGCACUGAAACGCGGGGAGCCCGUCCAAGCGGAAAGUUACGAAUGUGUUACCAUUUACUUCAGCGAUAUUGUCGGAUUUACGAAGCUCGCCGCUACUAAUACGCCGAUGCAGGUUGUGGAAAUAUUAAACGACUUAUACACGUGCUGCGAUUCGAUCAUUUCAUACUACAAUGUUUAUAAGGUCGAAACUAUUGGCGAUGCAUAUAUGGUAGUGGGUGGACUCCCAGAGCGAUGCUCGAAACAUGCUGCGGAAGUGGCGUCUCUGGCACUCCACAUCCUGGACGCAGUGCCCAAGAUACGAACCAGACAUCUGCCAACGUCUAGACUACACAUUAGAAUAGGUAUUCACAGUGGCCAAUGCGCAGCUGGUGUUGUGGGAAUUAAAAUGCCAAGAUACUGUCUUUUCGGAGACACGGUAAACACUGCAGCUCGAAUGGAAUCCACUGGAGAACCUCAGAGGAUACAUAUCAGUAAUGAAACGUACAAAUUGUUGAAGCAACACGGAGGAUAUCAUUUUAAGGAGCGAGGAAUGAUUAAUAUAAAGGGUAAAGGGGAAAUCAAGACAUGGUGGUUAACUGGAGAAGAUCACGAGAGGCGAAAAAGUUCUCAUUUUCGUGACCAAACCUUCAGUCUACUCACAGACGGUGACACGUUCGAAGACUCUCCAUGGAACUUGGGUCGAUCAGCCUUCAACAUCAGGGAGCGCGCCCGUCUGUCCUGCGGAGGAUCACUGGGCCCGGGUUCGGCACUAUCAUCCCCUGGCCCCCCAGUUUGCGCCUGCUUCGUGCCCCAACGAGACCACCACUCGGCCCCAGUCGUAUCCUUCUGCGAGGACUGA